CUUGUAUGGCAUAGCAUCUACCUACCUUAUCUAACGUUACCUGGUUAGCUAGCUUCCCACACCUAAAGUAACAUUUGGAGGUGGUAGCGUUUUAGGUGCCAUGGUAAAACCUAGACACUUGAUCCCAGGACGAUUUCACCGGGCAGCUCAUCCCCUUUUACUGUGAAGAUGCCUGCUGUGAUCCGUGAUAGCAAGGAGGACUCUGAGUCCUCCUCAGAAGACGAGCAAGAAGACCAUCCCUGCAUUGCCUGGAGUGGCCUCAGCAAGUCCAUCCCAGUUCUCUUGUUUUUCCCUGAAGCUGCAGUUUCAAAAGAUGGGAAUAUCUGCUCUACUGGAGAGCGAUAUAAUAUGGCCUUCAAGAUUGUGCGCACAGAGAGCCGCCUGGUACGGGGAAUACUGGCCAAUCAUGGAUUCCAUGAGGUUCACCCAAACAGCAAUGACUUUAACCUCAUGUGGACAGGAUCUCACCUCAAGCCUUACAUACUACGCAGCCUUCAAGACUUCCAGAAGGUCAACCAUUUUCCCAGGUCAUACGAAUUGACGCGCAAAGACCGUCUGUAUAAAAACAUCCAGCGAAUGCAGCAGACUCAUGGCUUCAAAAACUUCCAUAUUAUUCCUCAGACCUUUGUGCUUCCCUCUGAGUACCAGGAGUUCUGCAAUUGUUUUGCCAAGGACAAGGGCCCCUGGAUUAUUAAACCAGUAGCAUCUUCCAGAGGGAGAGGCAUCUACUUGGUCAGCAAUCCAAAUCAGAUUUCAAUGGAUGAGAACAUCUUGGUGUCUCGCUAUAUCAAUAACCCACUACUGAUAGAUGAGUUCAAGUUUGACGUGCGGUUGUACGUGUUGGUGACAUCAUACGACCCAGUCCUCAUCUAUGUGUAUGAGGAGGGCCUGGCUAGAUUUGCCACAGUCAAGUAUGACCGGACUUCAAAGAACAUUAAGAACACGUUCAUGCAUCUCACUAACUACAGCGUGAACAAGAAGAGCAGCGAUUAUGUCAGUUGCGAUGACCCUGAAGUUGAGGAUUAUGGGAACAAAUGGAGUAUGAGUGCAGUGUUGAGGUAUUUAAAGCAGGAGGGGAAGGACACCACAUUGCUGAUGAGACAGGUGGAGGACCUCAUCAUCAAAGCUGUACUGAGUGCUGAACUUCAGAUAGCCACCGCCUGCAAAAUGUUUGUUCCCCACAAGACAAACUGCUUUGAACUGUAUGGUUUUGACGUGCUCAUUGACUCCAACCUCAAACCCUGGUUGUUAGAGGUGAACCUUUCUCCCUCCCUGGCCUGUGAUGCCCCCUUGGAUCUGAAGGUAAAGGCCAGCAUGAUUGCAGACAUGUUUUCGCUUGUGGGCUUUGUGUGUCAGGACCCCCUAUCGAGACAACCACGCUCUGACCGAGUCACCCUGGACUCCAGCCUCAAGCACCCAGCAGCCCAAAAAACACAGAAACCUCUUUCUGCACCGACAGCCACUGCACACAGCAGAAUGCGGCAGAGGCCCACGUCCGCCGGUAACUCAGAAACCGAGGGGAAAGACAAGCUAGGACCUAAACAAGGCCAAGGAGACAGCACUCUGACCUUGACUGCUGAGGAGAUCAAAGUGCUUAGGAGGAUAAAGGAAGAGUACGAGAGACGUGGAGGCUUCGUUAGGAUCUUCCCCACCGCAGCAACAUGGGACCACUAUGGUGGAUAUCUGGAGUCCAAGACAUCAAUGAACUACAUGUUGGCAAACAGACUUUUCCAUGGCAGGAACGUGCAGCUGCAGGUGGACGCCGUCCACAGCUGUCACGUUGUCCAGUACGAGAGGAAGCUGCUGUCUCUGGAGGCGUGUAAGAGGAGACCGCGCCACCUGACUCAUCGCUCUGCUGCAAGGAAGAAGAAAUCGGGGAAGGAGUCCAAGGUCUCCCUGCCUGAAAGCAGCAGUCAGGAGGGAGAGGAUUGCGCUCAGGAAGAAAGAGAGGAGGUGAAACAAGCUCUCGAGCCAGUCUCACACAAGACUUUGGUAGCAGAGCAAAGAAAACAAGUGGCCACACCACUGGAGCGCUGCCACAGCAAGGCUUUGUCCAGCUCAGAGGCAGCCAUGCACGAUGCCAGGCCCAGAGUCAACCUGCUCAACAUCCUUCAGCAGGGGUGGGACCUCAGUAAAGUGCAGGCCCGGAUGGCCUUUUCCUCAUACCUGCAGCGAGUCCAGCAAAGACUGCUGGCAGAAAGCAGAGCCAACACCAUCCCAGCUUGGCCAGACAAGGACAACGACCAAAUGGAGCUUGUGAUUCGCUUCCUGAGAAGAGCAGCCAGUAACCUUCAACAAGACAUAAAGGUGGUCUUGCCCAGUCGCCAGCUUCCACUCCAAGACCGCAGACGCAUCCUGUCCCACCAGCUAGGAGAGUUUAUCCACUGUUACAACAAGGAAACUGAUCAUAUGGAGAAAAAACAGGAGAGCAGCAAAGAGGAGCAUUGUGUUAACCCCAGUGUGUUUCAGGAGUACAUCACUGAAGCAAGUGAAAAUGAUCUGGAAGAAGUACUGACAUUCUACACACAGAAAAAUAAAUCAGCCACCAUCUUCCUAGGAACAAAAGUCAGGAGUGUUAAGAAAGACGUUCAUGAAGUAAAUGCCUCAGGAGAUUCAGGCAACUGUGAGAAUUCCAAAACUCUGCCUGUGGCCAAAGAGGAUUCCAGCGCUUCAGAGUCCUCGCUCUCCACGGGGAAAGUCAGCAGUGACCCAGACAUCAAGGCCACUGAGAGUCAGCCCUUUGUCCGUACUGAAGACCGACAGGCAGCAGCUAGAACUGCUAAAAUACAGCCAGAGGUCCAGGCUUCCCAGCACUGCUCCAGCUUUCCUGUGACUUUAGACCGCACACAUAUUCACCUGCAGCACUGCUGCCCCGUCCCGACAUCCCUGCCUCUCCAUUGCCCACCUCCGCCGCCACCUCUUCAGCCACCGUCCUAUGCACAGUCCUUGGCUAAGUCUCAGUUCUGCCAUUCUGAGACUUUUUCUGACCUUCCUGCAUACACCCCUGCACUUGUAGUCACCCAGCCCCCGAGAGCAAUGUGGACAGCUGUUUCCACCGGCUCUAACACAGUCUGUAUUGGACAACCGACCCAGGUGCUCAAGAGGAUUCAGUCCUUUACCUCAUCAACAUCCAGCUCUGGAGCAGCCUCUUCCAUCCCGAGUGCCACGCACUUCUAUAGCCAGAAGCUCUCGAGACCCACUUCUGCAGGCCAAGUUAAUCGGAGGAGCAGUUCCAGUAAGCUGAAGUCAAACUCCGCAGGGACAUUAAAGGAGUUAAGCUCCCUGUCUGCCCAAGCCCAGUCUAACCAGCAGGCCUUCAUCUCAGCCCUGCAAAAGCUGGCUGACAAGCAGGUAGCUCGCCACUAUGCCAGCUCCAGUCACAUCAACCUGCUGACACAACACUUAACCAACCUGAACCUGGCAAACAGGAUGCUGGGCAGAGAGAGUGUCACACUGAACCCAAAAGUGCGGCACACUGCUGCUACAACCCAAGGGCCAGUGAAAGCUGUUCAUUCUGGAACAGAUCUAUGUAGCAGCACUAGCCACAGGCCACUGAAGGAUGAGGAGGGUAUUUGGGAUGGGCAGAUGCAGAGUGCCUAUAGCUUGGUGACAGGGGUGAAUCCCCAGCAUUGCUACCAGCCCACCCAAGGAAGCUACCAGCUCCAGUUUGCUAUCCAGAAACUGCAACAGCAAAGACUUCAGUCUCGACAAUUUCUGGACCAGAGCCAUUGCAGACACCAGGCUCAAUUUCCAGACCAGACAGGUACUCCACACAUGCAAGCUCCCACAAACCCAUCCAGCUGCCUUCUCUCCAGCUUUCAUGUUCGGCCCAAUCACAGCCACAGCCACAGCCACAUCCAAAGCUGUGUUAGUCCUGUUCUCGCCCCAAAGCCACCAAGCAGUGCCAGAGAGGGACAGAUCAGGAAAACGGCAACAAAGCGCCUCAUAAAGCAGACGUCCGCAGAGAGUUCAGCCAGUGGAAGUGUGUCCAGCGGUCAGCAUGUGGUCUACGAAGCUAUCUGUGGUAAAACAGGUCUUUCUGUUCACCCCAAGCUGUUCCAGGGCCAGGAGCCCACUCACAGAUGACAUGAAAGCGACCAGAGGCACGUCCUACCCAUCUGCUGGCCUGACAGGUGUCUCUGCAUGUAACUACAUCCUCACAGAGGUGUAUUCUGGGAAAGGACAACAGCAGGAGAUGAAAGCAUGCCAAACAUCGAACAGGGUCCUAUUAAUUUCUCUACGAUAGAGCCACAGACAUGUAAGAGGAUAGUCUACAAGGACAGGAAUGCCCAGCUUUGACGCAGGUUGGGAUUUUGUUUGCUCAGCUCAACAUCAAUUGGUCUUUUCAGCUCCUUGCCCCCCUCCCGUCACCCCCUCUUGGCUACACUCAGUCUAUAUCCCAACAGUUGUCCGCCCUCAUUCUCUCCAUGCUACUGAUGCCACAGAAAGAUUUCACUGACAGAUAGCCUUCAGCAGAUGGUUCUUCAAUGCCCCAGUGGCAUUUUAACUGCAAGAUUCAACCUUUUAUUUUAUCCUCAUGCAGUAUCAUGUGCACCACUAGACAUUCAUGUAGAUGUUAUCUUACUUAAAAGUUAUACAAACAGACAAGCAUGCAGAGAAGUUUCUUUCACGAGUGGCUUCUUGUAUUAGAAACCAAACCAAGUUGUUGCCAAAUGGUACUCUAUGGUCAUUGCCUAAGGAUGUGUUAAAGUGUAGCAUCCUUUGCUUGUAGGCUUAAAAAAGGAGCUUAAAUAUGAUUGGUUAAUGCCUUGUUCCCUGUUUACAUGGAUGAUGUAGUACUGUUGCCGGGAUGUUUAGGUUUUAUAUCAAGAAUAGAGUGGUCUUGUGAUUAUUCUUGUAAACUGUUGAGAUGUUGAUGUUGUUUUCCUUGGAUGGACCAAAUUUAAUAUUUUUGGUUUAAUAAGUAAAUUAUUGCAUCAGUAUUUAUUUAAUGGACAUUGUCCACCAAAAGGCCCUUUUGGCCAUUUCUGUAGCUCAGAGCAUAACAUAAAUAGAAAAUGCAGUUAUGCACAGCCUUGCCUACAAUGAAGGUUAAUGCUGCACUAGCAGACCAAUAUCCUUGUAGAUAUUCUGUCGCUCGGGACCAUAUAGACAGUUAACUCAGGGCGUGUUAAUAGAAUCAAACAUCUCUGUUAUAUAUCAAUAGAUUCAGCAUAUGUUUAUGAUGACUUUGUCAGAAAUACUUAAAUGUCAUGCAUGUUUUUGUCAUAUCAACUGAUGAUUAUCAUCAGAGUGGUUUUGCACAGAUUGUAGUUUUCAAUGCAGUACAACAGAACUGGUUUUAAUACACUUGAUGGUAUUGGAUUUUUUUUUGUGUGAUUGAUGUUAAACUUAAUGUCGUGGAUUUCCUUUACUACAGUACACCAAUGCAUGCUGUGUUACUAAAAUCCAACAGUAGAAUCUGAACUCAAUGUGUAUAUUCUCCUGUGGUGAUACAACGUUGUUUACAGUCUGAUCAUUUCAUCUGUUUAGUCGCUGAUUGUUUACAACACACAUGCAUGGAAAUGUAAUAUUUUCGGAAUCAUCUUGUCAGUCUGUAUCAUACAGCAUUGAAAAACAUUAAAACAUGCUGUUCAUGUCAGUAAAUGUAUUUGUUCAUCACACAUGCUGCACA